AUGGCUUCAGGUACAGCAUAUCGGUGCAAGAGGCCACCCUACGAUGUCCUUCAGUUCUAUCUGAGCAGCGACAGUUACAAACUAUACAAAGCUCCACCCAAUAAACCUUUAAACUCCAGUGCAAGGGCUACACCUUUCAUCUAUCAGCUUCCAGUUGAAAUACUCCACUCCAUACUUCUCAAUCUUGACCUACGCAGCAUCCCUAUGCUGUGUCGAUUCUGUCAUCCAUGGUCUCGAACAUGUCCCGGUUUUGAUCCCCUUCUCUACUUGCCCACUUUUACACGCUCAUGCUAUAAACGUAGUUACCUUCGACCAGAAUAUGAAUUGGCACGAGUAGCUGAUAUCAGAUCGCUCCCAGUUAUUUACAAUAUUGAACCGCUCCGAUGCCGCUUGGCUGAUAUUACUCAACCAAAAGCCCUGGGGAUACAGAUUCAUGGACAAAGUUACCAAUGUCGUGUUCAGCAAUGGAAAAGGAAACAGCGUCAAGGGAUCCAUGCCGGACGCCCUAGACCGCGGUCUGCUCCUACUUCCCUGGUUGUAGACGAGGGAGUUUCAUGGAGGAUGCAGGCCACAGUUGCAUUUCCAUACUGGGAUUACCGGACACAGACAUUGGAGCCAGGUACCUACUGCACCUAUCACUGGGAGGAGGGUAAGGCGGAUGAUUGGAGACGUAUGGAGACGAUUUGGGAUCUACACUCCCCCAGCAGAGAAGCCUAUUAUCGAGCAUUCUUGGAGGCUGAUAUACCUCAGUAUUUCUUAUAUUGUCCAGCAGCAGGGUAUGAGCGCAACAUUUAA